CGUUAUUUUUCUGAGGGUUCAAAGUCGAUCAGUGUCGUUCGGAGUGUGCUACAAUGGAGAUCACCCAAGUGCUUUCGUGGAUCGUAGUGGGGUUACUAUUGAUAACCUACAUUGCUCACAAAUGGAAAUAUAGAAAUUUAAGGAUGAUUCCCGGUACGAAUCCUGACUAUCCUGUGUUGGGAAAUAUACCCUUGUUUUUGAAGGGUGGAAACGCUUACAUGAAGGUAUUUGACAAGGAGCAUCGAAUGUCGAAAAUAUGGCUUGGGCCAGUUCCUCUUAUCAAUGUACAGCAUCCAGAGCUGGUGCAAAAAGUUCUCAACGAAUGUAUCGAUAAACCGUUUGCAUACGAUUUUAUGGAACUAGGCCAGGGGCUUGUCUCGGAAAGAUACGGCCAGAGGUGGCGGGAGCAUCGCAAAACGUUGAGUCCACUUUUCAAUACGAAAAUUUUACACAGCUUCAUUCCCAUUUUUGAGCGAGCAACGAGCGACGUGAUGAAGCGUCUGGAAGUGGUCUGCGAUGGAAGAGAUUUCGACUUGCUUGAGUACACCAGUAGCUGCAGCGCCAAGAUGGUUCACGGGACAAUGGUGGACACUUUGAGCGUGUCAGAGGAGAUAAUUCAUUCGUUGAUCACUAAUUUGGACAUAAUUUUAGAUGCAGUAGGCAAACGAAUCCUGAACGGAGUAUACGCUCUGAAAACCCUCUACAAAAUGAGUUCAGUCUACCGAGACGAAUGGCGCUCCCGAAAGAUAUGCUACGAAACGGUGAAUGAUGGCAUCAUGAAAAUGCGCAUGAAUAUCCUCAACGAGCAGAGCAGUGCUCCCUCUGAAGCCGACUUGAAGAACCCAUCAAAGUCGAAAGCAUUUCUCGAGCGAUUGCUAACCAUUCAGCACAAAGGACGAAGCUUCACCGACGAUGAAAUUAUCAAUCAUGCUUACACCAUGCUGGUCGCUGGUUACGAAACGACAGCGUUGCAGUUGACGAAUGUGUGCAUGAUGUUGGCAAUGCAUCCUGACAUACAGGAAAGAGUAGCUAGCGAAAUCAAAACGAUUUUCCCAUCGCUGGACAUGGAAAUUUUGCCGGAAGCACUUAAGGAUCUUCCAUACCUGGAUAUGACAAUCAAUGAAACGAUGCGGCUCUACCCAGUGGUGCCCUUAAUUGCGCGCCAAAGCAACAGCUCGCUGGAAUUGGACAAGGUUAACAUUCCCACGGGGACCAAUUUCAUCGUCCAUAUCGGGGCUUUGCACCGGCGGAAGGAUGUUUGGGGAGAGGAGGUGCUUGAUUUCAACCCUGACAAUUUUCUGCCUGAGAAAGUUGAACGCCGACAUCCGUACGCCUUCAUCCCCCUCAGCGCUGGACCCCGAGUCUGCAUCGGAAACCGGUAUGCCAUGCUAUCACUGAAGGUAUUUCUAAUCCGGUUAUUGCAGCGCUAUCGAUUGAGCACUAAAUUGACUCGAAAGGAUUUGAAGUUCAAAUUUCAAGUGACAUUGAAGCUGAAGAUUCCGUACACGGUGCAAAUGGAAAGACGAAACCUCUACGGGGAAGAUUCGACGGUAAAUUGCACUAAAUAAUGGACAAACUUGAUACAACAAAAGCCACGAAUAAAUGCAAAAUCGAAUUUAAUAAUAUGCUUAAAAUGGAAAUAUAAUAAUAAAGCAUCUUUACAAAUAA